UCACCCCGGCGUGGUGUUAAUGGUGGACGGUGAGGAGAUCCGUUCAGCUGAAUUUAAACUCAUACAGAGAACCCCGACCCCCGGCUCCAGCUCAUACCCCCGCCUCACCCCGAGAGACCCCGCCGCUAAACACCAUGAUCGAGCCGAAAAAGCGCGGCGCGGACAUGGCGCUGGUUCCCGCCGCCGUGAAGAGACCGAGGAGCGAGCUGGUGGCCGCAGCGCAGAACCAGCAGAUCGCCACCAUGGGUCCUCCUCGCAGCUCCAGUUUACAGGCUCCUAUAAUGUUGCUGUCUGGACAUGAAGGAGAAGUCUACUGCUGCAAGUUUCAUCCCAAUGGAGCCAUGCUAGCUUCUGCAGGAUAUGACCGCCUCAUCUUGUUAUGGAGUGUGUACGGAGACUGUGAGAACUUUGCCACAUUGAAAGGCCACAGUGGAGCUGUGAUGGAGCUUCACUACAAUACAGAUGGAAGCUUGCUCUACUCAGCCAGUACGGAUAAGACUGUGUGUGUGUGGGACAGUGAGACUGGUGAGCGUGUAAAGCGUCUAAAAGGCCACACAUCCUUUGUUAACUCUUGCUUUCCUGCACGCCGCGGUCCACAGCUAGCCUGCACUGGCAGUGACGACGGAACUGUGAAGCUGUGGGACAUCAGAAAGAAGGCGUCUGUUCAUACCUUCCAGAACACCUACCAGGUUCUGAGUGUGACCUUCAAUGACACCAGUGAUCAGAUCAUUUCUGGAGGCAUCGACAAUGACAUUAAGGUGUGGGAUUUGAGGCAGAAUAAGCUGAUUUACAGCAUGCAGGGACAUGGAGACUCUGUAACAGGACUCAGUCUCAGUUCAGAGGGAUCCUACCUACUGUCCAACUCCAUGGACAACAGUGUGCGUGUAUGGGAUAUCCGUCCAUUCGCCCCGAAGGAGAGAUGUGUGAAGAUCUUCCAGGGCAAUGUCCACAACUUUGAGAAGAAUCUUCUGCGGUGCUCGUGGUCAUCAGAUGGGAGUAAGAUAGCGGCGGGCUCUGCUGACAGGUUUGUUUAUGUGUGGGACACAACCUCUCGUAGAAUUCUCUAUAAGCUCCCUGGUCACGCGGGAUCAGUUAAUGAAGUGGCCUUCCAUCCAGAAGAACCGAUUGUUCUGUCUGGAUCCAGUGACAAGCGGCUGUAUAUGGGGGAGAUCCAGUAAUGCCUGUGUUUGUGUCUGAGUGAGUGAAUGAGUAAAUGAGUGAGUGAGCUAGUGAUUUAGAGACCUGUUGUUCUGAAACCAUGUGUGUAACAAUGGAUAAAAUGUGGGCCUGUUUUUUAUGCUUUUAAUAAACUCAUUUUUGGAGAAAUGUCA